CCCUCGAACAGAUCCCCCUCCGCCCAGCAACGCAACCCUCAUCACAGCGGCUCCACAGACGAGCAGGAGAGCCCCGAGAGGGUGGUGCAGAAGGAGAAGCUCCAUGCAGAGUUGAAGAAGGUGUUGAGUCAGAAGAGAAGUCACCUGAGAGAGUCGACCUGCCAACUGGCCCAACCAGAGAUGGAUUCAGAGCCCACAGAAGAACAAGCCAUCAUUGAGGAGGUCUCUAAGUUGGUAGAAAUCGUGGUGGAGACGGAGGCGGAGGCUGGAGCGAGCGGCUACAGUGUGACUGGUGGAGGACAGCGAGGGAUCUUCGUUAAAGAUGUCCUCAAAGACUCGCCAGCUGCUAAACAUCUCAGUCUACAGGAAGGUGACCAGCUGCUGAGUGCCAAGGUCUAUUUUGACAAUGUGAGGUAUGAAGACGCUCUGAAGAUCCUUCAGUGCGCUGAGCCUUACAAGGUCAGCUUCCAGGUGAAGAGGACCAUCCCUGGGGCAGAGGUCAGCGUGAGACCUCGAGUUCCCAGUGUAGAGGUCAAAGGUCCUAAAGCCAAGAUGGCCAAAAUGAGUGUGAAGGGCACAAAACCAUUCAAGACAAAGAAGAAGAGAGGUGGUCGUUUUGGUCUGAAGAGGCUGAAGGAGAGACGCAAAGAGGAGCUGGUGAUCGAGGGAACGCCCCCCAGGCUGGAGAUGAGCGACGUGGACGUGGAGUUUUCUCUCCCCAAAUUCAAACAGAGUAGGAGUGUGAAGAUGGAAGCCGGAGGAGCCGAAGGAGCGGCAGCCAUGGGGAAGGCCAAGAAAAUCAGGUUUCCUGGCCUGAAAAUGAAGAGUCACGCUGGAACAGAGAAAGGAGGAAAAGUGGAAACAGGAAGAUUUGAGGGACAGGUGAACAUCUUGCAACCAGAGGUAUCCGGAGCUAAAGCAAAAACAAAAGUGAAGGGACACAAGUUUGGGAUCACCUUUCCAAAGAGCAAACACACAAAGACAAGCUCGGCUUUGGAAGCUGGAUCUGUGGAGCUCAAGCCCCCCACUGUGAACAUCCGGCCACCAUCAGUGGAGUUCAAUCUGUCUGUUGAUAAAGACAUUAAGGCGCCUGAUGUGGAGUUUGCACUGCCUUCAGGAAAAGCUGAGGCCUCUUUGCCUUCUGUGGAGGGAAAGGGAGAAGUCAAAGCUCCUAAAAUUGACAUCAAAGGAAGAGCUGAUGCAGAGGCGGCUGGGGGAAAAGUUGACGUAGACGUAGGCAAAGGAGAUGCAAAGCUAAGAAUGCCAAAGCUAAAAUUACCUAAAGUUAGACUCUCGCGUCAUUCAGAUGAGAUAGAUGGUGACAUCAAGGUAAAAGCCAAGGGGAUAAAAGUUCCUCAAACUGACAUAACACCUCCAAAAGUUGAAAUCAAAGCAGGUGAGAUCAGUCUCCCUGAAGCAAAUAUAACCAAACCAAAGAUAGAAAGUAAUCCCUCAGGACAAGCUGCAUCUAUUCAAAUGCCUUCAGUUGAUAUUUCUUUACCAAAAUUAAAGGGAAAGUCUGACAUCGACAUCUCUCUACCUGAAUACGAAGGUGCUGGGAGGACAACAAUUAAAAUGCCAGCUGUUGACUUCUCUGUGCCAGAUGUUGAUGUGAAAAUGGACACCAAUCAAAGAAUUCCCGAUGAGGUGGAGGGCACAUUUAAAGGGCCCAAUAUCUCCAUGCCAAAGAUUGAUAUCUCCUUACCAAAGAUGGGAUCAUCCAGUGUAAAUAUUGAAGGUCCAGAAGGGGGAGGACAAUUCAAUCCACCCUCUGUUGAUAUCUCUCUCCCAAAAAUGAAAGCAGAAGUUGGAGACGUGAAUAUGGACUAUUAUGUUGGUGGAGAUGGGAAGUUCCAAAUGCCGGAUUUUGAUGUUUCUUUGCCAAAAAUUAAGACGCCAGGAGACGUAAAUACACAAGGGAAAGAAGUGGAGUGGGGCUUCAAAUUACCUAACGUAGACCUGACCCUACCCAAAGGCAAAGCAGGAACAACAGACAUUGAAGGAGGAGAAAGAUUUAAGUUACCAUCGUUUGAUAUCUCCCUCCCUAAAAUGAAGACAGGUGAGGUGGAAGCGGACAUUGUAGGGCCUGAAGUGAAAGGUGGUCAAUUUAAAAGGCCUACACUUGACAUUUCUCUUCCAGACGAACCCAAGCUUGAGGGUGGAGGUCAAAUCCAGAUGCCCUCUAUUGACAUAUCACUACCAAAAGGACCAGAGGUCAAAGGAAAAAUGGAAAUGCCAUCUAUUGAUUUCUCACUUCCAAAAGGAAAAAUAGAGGGAGAUGUUGAUAUUGACGGACAUGGAAGUAAAGGAGGAAAGUUUCACAUGCCUUCAAUUGAUAUCAGACCUCCAAAAAUAAAAACUAAGGACGUCAAUGUCGAUAUAAAAGGACCUGAAGUUCAAGGAGGAAAUUUCAAUAUGCCAUCACUUGAUAUUUCAGCACCUGAUAUAGGAACUCCUGGGAUAGAUGUCAACAUUGAAGGUCCAAAGGUGAAAGGAAGAAAGAUUGAAAUGCCAGACAUUGAUAUUUCACUCCCCAAAGGAAAGGCGGGAAAAAAAUUUGAAGUUGAAGGACUUUCUGGUAAAGGAGGAAAGUUACACAUGCCCUCACUUGAUAUCUCUCUACCUAGAAUGAAAGCUAAGGGACCUGAGAUAAAUAUUGAAGGCCCUGAUGUUAAAGGUGGAAAGCUAAACAUGCCAUCACUUGAUGUUUCUUUGCCCAAAAUGAAAUCUCCUGACAUAGAUGUCAGCCUGCAGGGUCCUGAUGUCAAAGGAGGAAAGUUCAGCUUACCAAGUGUUGAUAUGUCACUUCCCAAAGGAAAACUAGAGGGGGACCUGAAUCUUGAAGGCCCUGAGGUGAAAGGAGGGAAAUUCAAAAUGCCUAAAUUUGAUGUCUCUUUACCAAAAGUGAGUCUACCGAAGAUUGAUGCCAAUGUGGAAGGACCAGAUAUGAAAGGAAAAACGGAAAUGCCAACAGUUGAUAUAUCACUCCCAAAAGGGAAAGCAGACGUGGAUAUUGACAUUGAUGGAUGCAGUGGCAAAGGAGGCAAGUUUCACAUGCCUUCAUUUGACAUCUCUCUUCCUAAAAUGAAAGCUAAGGGACCUGAGAUAAAUAUUGAAGGACCUGAUGUUAAAGGUGGAAACAUUGACAUGCCAUCACUUGAUGUUUCUUUGCCCAAAAUGAAAUCUCCUGAUGUAGAUAUCAGCCUGCAGGGUCCUGAUGUCAAAGGAGGAAAGUUCAGCUUGCCAAGUGUUGAUAUGUCACUUCCCAAAGGAAAACUAGAGGGUGACUUAAAUCUUGAAGGCCCUGAGGUGAAAGGAGGGAAAUUCAAAAUGCCUAAAUUUGAUGUCACUUUACCAAAAGUGAGUCUACCAAAGAUUGAUGCCAAUGUGGAAGGACCAGAUAUGAAGGGAAAAGUGGAAAUGCCAACAGUUGAUAUUUCACUCCCAAAAGGGAAAGCAGACGUGGAUAUUGACAUUGAUGGACCCAGUGGCAAAGGAGGCAAGUUUCACAUGCCUUCAUUUGACAUCUCUCUUCCUAAAAUGAAAUCUAAGGGUGCUGAAGUUGAUAUUGAAGGACCUGAAUUUAGGGGUGAUAUUCAUCUCCCAGAAGGUAAAGUUGAGGGUGACCUGAAUAUUCAAGGCCCUGAUGUAAAAGGAGGCACCUUUAAAAUGCCUAAAUUUGAUGUCUCGUUGCCUAAAAUGAAACUCCCAGAAGGUAAUAUUAACUUCAAAGGCCCAGACAUCAAGGGUAAAAAGAUUGAAAUGCCAGACAUUGAUAUUUCCCUCCCCAAAGGAAAAGCAGGUGGAGAUAUUGAAAUUGGAGGACAUGCUGGAAAAGGAGGGAAAUUCCACAUCUUGCCAAGUGUUGAUAUGUCACUUCCCAAAGGAAAACUAGAGGGGGACCUGAAUCUUGAAGGCCCUGAGGUGAAAGGAGGGAAAUUCAAAAUGCCAAAAUUUGAUGUCACUUUACCAAAAGUGAGUCUACCAAAGAGUGAUGCCAAUGUGGAAGGACCGGAUGUGAAAGGAAAAAUGGAAAUGCCAACAGUUGAUAUAUCACUCCCAAAAGGGAAAGCAGACGUGGAUAUUGACAUUGAUGGACCCAGUGGCAAAGGAGGCAAGUUUCACAUGCCUUCAUUUGACAUCUCUCUUCCUAAAAUGAAAGCUAAGGGACCUGAGAUAAAUAUUGAAGGACCUGAUGUUAAAGGUGGAAACAUUGACAUGCCAUCACUUGAUGUUUCUUUGCCCAAAAUGAAAUCUCCUGACGUAGAUAUCAGCCUGCAGGGUCCUGAUGUCAAAGGAGGAAAGUUCAGCUUGCCAAGUGUUGAUAUGUCACUUCCCAAAGGAAAACUAGAGGGGGACUUAAAUCUUGAAGGCCCUGAGGUGAAAGGAGGGAAAUUCAAAAUGCCUAAAUUUGAUGUCACUUUACCAAAAGUGAGUCUACCAAAGAUUGAUGCCAAUGUGGAAGGACCAGAUAUGAAAGGAAAAAUGGAAAUGCCAACAGUAGAUAUUUCACUCCCAAAAGGGAAAGCAGAUGUGGAUAUUGACAUUGAUGGACCCAGUGGCAAAGGAGGCAAGUUUCACAUGCCUUCAUUUGACAUCUCUCUUCCUAAAAUGAAAUCUAAGGGUGCUGAAGUUGAUAUUGAAGGACCUGAAUUUAGGGGUGAUAUUCAUCUCCCAGAAGGUAAAGUUGAGGGUGACCUGAAUAUUCAAGGCCCUGAUGUAAAAGGAGGCACCUUUAAAAUGCCUAAAUUUGAUGUCUCGUUGCCUAAAAUGAAACUCCCAGAAGGUGAUAUUAACUUCAAAGGCCCAGACAUCAAGGGUAAAAAGAUUGAAAUGCCAGACAUUGAUAUUUCCCUCCCCAAAGGAAAAGCAGGUGGAGAUAUUGAAAUUGGAGGACAUGCUGGAAAAGGAGGGAAAUUCCACAUGCCUUCACUUGACAUCUCUCUUCCUAAAAUGAAAGCUAAGGGACCUGAGAUAAAUAUUGAAGGCCCUGAUGUUAAAGGUGGAAAGCUAAACAUGCCAUCACUUGAUGUUUCUUUGCCCAAAAUGAAAUCUCCUGAAGUAGAUGUCAGCCUGCAGGGUCCUGAUGUCAAAGGAGGAAAGUGCAGCUUGCCAAGUGUUGAUAUGUCACUUCCCAAAGGAAAACUAGAGGGGGACCUGAAUCUUGAAGGCCCUGAGGUGAAAGGAGGGAAAUUCAAAAUGCCAAAAUUUGAUGUCACUUUACCAAAAGUGAGUCUACCAAAGAUUGAUGCCAAUGUGGAAGGACCAGAUAUGAAAGGAAAAAUGGAAAUGCCGACAGUGGAUAUUUCACUCCCAAAAGGAAAAGCAGAUGUGGAUAUUGACAUUGAUGGACCCAGUGGCAAAGGACGCAAGUUUCACAUGCCUUCAUUUGACAUCUCUCUUCCAAAAAUGAAAGCUAAGGGAGCUGAUGUUGAUAUUGAAGGACCUGAAUUUAGGGGUGAUAUUCAUCUCCCAGAAGGUAAAGUCGAGGGUGACCUGAAUAUUCAAGGCCCUGAAGUAAAAGGAGGCACCUUUAAAAUGCCUAAAUUUGAUGUUUCUUUGCCUAAAAUGAGUCUACCAAAGACUGAUGCUAAUGUGGAAGGACCAGAUAUGAAAGGAACAAUGGAAAUGCCAACAGUUGAUAUUUCACUCCCAAAAGGAAAAGCAGACGUGGAUAUUGACAUUGAUGGACCCAGUGGCAAAGGAGGCAAGUUUCACAUGCCUUCAUUUGACAUCUCUCUUCCAAAAAUGAAAGCUAAGGGACCUGAGAUAAACAUUGAAGGCCCAGAUGUUAAAGGUGGAAAGCUAAAGAUGCCAUCACUUGAUGUUUCUUUGCCCAAAAUGAAAUCUCCUGAAGUAGAUGUCAGCCUGCAGGGUCCUGAUGUCAAAGGAGGAAAGUUCAGCUUGCCAAGUGUUGAUAUGUCACUUCCCAAAGGAAAACUAGAGGGGGACUUAAAUCUUGAAGGCCCUGAGGUGAAAGGAGGGAAAUUCAAAAUGCCUAAAUUUGAUGUCACUUUACCAAAAGUGAGUCUACCAAAGAUUGAUGCCAAUGUGGAAGGACCAGAUAUGAAAGGAAAAAUGGAAAUGCCAACAGUGGAUAUUUCACUCCCAAAAGGAAAAGCAGACGUGGAUAUUGACAUUGAUGGACCCAGUGGCAAAGGAGGCAAGUUUCACAUGCCUUCAUUUGACAUCUCUCUUCCUAAAAUGAAAGCUAAGGGACCUGAGAUAAAUAUUGAAGGCCCUGAUGUUAAAGGUGGAAAGCUAAAGAUGCCAUCACUUGAUGUUUCUGUGCCCAAAAUGAAAUCUCCUGACAUAGAUGUCAGCCUGCAGGGUCCUGAUGUCAAAGGAGGAAAGUUCAGCUUACCAAGUGUUGAUAUGUCACUUCCUAAAGGAAAACUAGAGGGUGACUUAAAUCUUGAAGGCCCUGAGGUGAAAGGAGGGAAAUUCAAAAUGCCAAAAUUUGAUGUCACUUUACCAAAAGUGAGUCUACCAAAGAUUGAUGCCAAUGUGGAAGGACCAGAUAUGAAAGGAAAAAUGGAAAUGCCAACAGUUGAUAUUUCACUCCCAAAAGGGAAAGCAGACGUGGAUAUUGACAUUGAUGGACCCAGUGGCAAAGGAGGCAAGUUUCACAUGCCUUCAUUUGACAUCUCUCUUCCUAAAAUGAAGUCUAAGGGAGCUGAUGUUGAUAUUGAAGGACCUGAAUUUAGGGGUGAUAUUCAUCUCCCAGAAGGUAAAGUCGAGGGUGACCUGAAUAUUCAAGGCCCUGAUGUAAAAGGAAGCACCUUUAAAAUGCCUAAAUUUGAUGUCUCGUUGCCUAAAAUGAAACUCCCAGAAGGUAAUAUUAACUUCAAAGGCCCAGACAUCAAGGGUAAAAAGAUUGAAAUGCCAGACAUUGAUAUUUCCCUCCCCAAAGGAAAAGCAGGUGGAGAUAUUGAAAUUGGAGGACAUGCUGGAAAAGGAGGGAAAUUCCACAUGCCUUCACUUGACAUCUCUCUUCCUAAAAUGAAAGCUAAGGGACCUGAGAUAAAUAUUGAAGGCCCUGAUGUUAAAGGUGGAAAGCUAAACAUGCCAUCACUUGAUGUUUCUUUGCCCAAAAUGAAAUCUCCUGACAUAGAUGUCAGCCUGCAGGGUCCUGAUGUCAAAGGAGGAAAGUUCAGCUUGCCAAGUGUUGAUAUGUCACUUCCCAAAGGAAAACUAGAGGGGGACCUGAAUCUUGAAGGCCCUGAGGUGAAAGGAGGGAAAUUCAAAAUGCCAAAAUUUGAUGUCACUUUACCAAAAGUGAGUCUACCAAAGAUUGAUGCCAAUGUGGAAGGACCAGAUAUGAAAGGAAAAAUGGAAAUGCCAACAGUGGAUAUUUCACUCCCAAAAGGAAAAGCAGAUGUCGAUAUUGACAUUGAUGGACCCAGUGGCAAAGGAGGCAAGUUUCACAUGCCUUCAUUUGACAUCUCUCUUCCUAAAAUGAAAGCUAAGGGACCUGAGAUAAAUAUUGAAGGCCCUGAUGUUAAAGGUGGAAAGCUAAACAUGCCAUCACUUGAUGUUUCUUUGCCCAAAAUGAAAUCUCCUGACAUAGAUGUCAGCCUGCAGGGUCCUGAUGUCAAAGGAGGAAAGUUCAGCUUACCAAGUGUUGAUAUGUCACUUCCCAAAGGAAAACUAGAGGGUGACUUAAAUCUUGAAGGCCCUGAGGUGAAAGGAGGGAAAUUCAAAAUGCCAAAAUUUGAUGUCUCUUUACCAAAAGUAAGUCUACCGAAGAUUGAUGCCAAUGUGGAAGGACCAGAUAUGAAAGGAAAAGUGGAAAUGCCAACAGUUGAUAUUUCACUCCCAAAAGGGAAAGCAGAUGUGGAUAUUGACAUUGAUGGACCCAGUGGCAAAGGAGGCAAGUUUCACAUGCCUUCAUUUGACAUCUCUCUUCCUAAAAUGAAAGCUAAGGGAGCUGAUGUUGAUAUUGAAGGACCUGAAUUUAGGGGUGAUAUUCAUCUCCCAGAAGGUAAAGUCGAGGGUGACCUGAAUAUUCAAGGCCCUGAUGUAAAAGGAGGCACCUUUAAAAUGCCUAAAUUUGAUGUCUCGUUGCCUAAAAUGAAACUCCCAGAAGGUGAUAUUAACUUCAAAGGCCCAGACAUCAAGGGUAAAAAGAUUGAAAUGCCAGACAUUGAUAUUUCCCUCCCCAAAGGAAAAGCAGGUGGAGAUAUUGAAAUUGGAGGACAUGCUGGAAAAGGAGGGAAAUUCCACAUGCCUUCACUUGACAUCUCUCUUCCUAAAAUGAAAGCUAAGGGACCUGAGAUAAAUAUUGAAGGUCCUGAUGUUAAAGGUGGAAAGCUAAACAUGCCAUCACUUGAUGUUUCUUUGCCCAAAAUGAAAUCUCCUGAAGUAGAUGUCAGCCUGCAGGGUCCUGAUGUCAAAGGAGGAAAGUUCAGCUUGCCAAGUGUUGAUAUGUCACUUCCCAAAGGAAAACUAGAGGGUGACUUAAAUCUUGAAGGCCCUGAGAUGAAAGGAGGGAAAUUCAAAAUGCCAAAAUUUGAUGUCACUUUACCAAAAGUGAGUCUACCAAAGAUUGAUGCCAAUGUGGAAGGACCAGAUAUGAAAGGAAAAAUGGAAAUGCCAACAGUAGAUAUUUCACUCCCAAAAGGGAAAGCAGAUGUGGAUAUUGACAUUGAUGGACCCAGUGGCAAAGGAGGCAAGUUUCACAUGCCUUCAUUUGACAUCUCUCUUCCAAGAAUGAAAGCUAAGGGACCUGAGAUAAAUAUUGAAGGCCCUGAUGUUAAAGGUGGAAAGCUAAACAUGCCAUCACUUGAUGUUUCUUUGCCCAAAAUGAAAUCUCCUGAUGUAGAUAUCAGCCUGCAGGGUCCUGAUGUCAAAGGAGGAAAGUUCAGCUUGCCAAGUGUUGAUAUGUCACUUCCCAAAGGAAAACUCGAAGGUGACUUGAAUCUUGAAGGCCCUGAGGUGAAAGGAGGGAAAUUCAAAAUGCCAAAAUUUGAUGUGUCUUUACCAAAAGUGAGUCUACCAAAGAUUGAUGCCAAUGUGGAAGGACCAGAUAUGAAAGGAAAAAUGGAAAUGCCAACAGUUGAUAUAUCACUCCCAAAAGGGAAAGCAGACGUGGAUAUUGACAUUGAUGGAUGCAGUGGCAAAGGAGGCAAGUUUCACAUGCCUUCAUUUGACAUCUCUCUUCCUAAAAUGAAAGCUAAGGGACCUGAGAUAAAUAUUGAAGGACCUGAUGUUAAAGGUGGAAACAUUGACAUGCCAAGUAUUGACAUUGCACUUCCUGGAGGAAAGGCUGAAGGCAACCUUAAUAUUCACGGCCCUGAGGUAAAGGAUAGCAAAUUCAAAAUGCCCAAUGUUGAUGUUUCUCUUCCAAAGUUGAACCUACCUGAACCCAAAUUUGAAGGAUCAGAGAUGAAGGGAGGAAAGAUUGUAAUGCCCGCUAUUUCAGUUCCAGAGGGAAGUGUCGAGGGUGAUAUCAAUAUCACAGGACCAUCAGGAAAGUUUGGAGAGCCAACAGUUGAACUAUCUGGUAAAAAGGGUGGUGGGCUCCACUUGCCAACAGUUGACAUAGAGUUCCCCAGAUUUGAUCUUGACCUUAGCGUACCCUCUGGUCUGAAAGACAAAAGCCUCAAAGCCCAUGGUCCCGAUGGGUCAGGGAAGUUGGAGGUGUCUGGUCUCAAAGGAGAUGUUAAGCCAGCCAAGUUGAAACUUAAGGGUGCAGACAUUGAGACAGAUGGUGUAGAAGGUCAAAGUGCAUCACUUAAACUUCCCACAGUCAAACUUCCAUCAGUGGACAUCUCAGCUCCAAAAGUGGAUCUAGACUUUGGACUUAACAAACCUAAAGGUGAUGAUGUGGAAGUAGAGCUCCUGAAAGCAGAGGGAGGCAGGCCUUCUUCAGGGGGCAGCUUUGAUCUACCCAAUGUCAACCUCAAGUUCCCCAGUUUUACACUGCCUAGAUUUGGUGGAAAGUCCAAGAGUGGUGGUUUGGAGAUAUCAGGAAAAAGUCCAAAAGGAGACAUUUCCCUUAGCCCACCACAUGUGGAAGGUCAGAUUAGGGCACCAUCUGUAGAGUUUGAUGGGGAUGGAAAAGUCAAGGUGAAGAAACCUAAAAUCAAAAUGCCUUCGUUUGGUUGGUCAAAAAAGGAUGCAGAUGUAUCUGUGUCUUGUCCUGACGUGGAUGUUAGAAUGAAAAAGGGGAAAAUUGACAUUCCUAAACCUGACAUCAAUGUUGAGAGCCCGAACGAUGAAUCAAAACAAAAAGUGAAAUUUCCCAAGUUUAAAAUAUCAUCACCAAAAGGCCAACUGCCAGAGGCAGAGGUUGACACAAAAGAGGAAGCAGAUAUUGAGGGGAAAGGUGGCUUCCAUGCACCCGAUGUCACGAUUAAACUACCAAAGUUCUCAAUGCCAAAAUUUGGCUCUAAAGAAAAAGCUUUAGGUAAGCCAGGUGGUAACCUUAAUGCUAAGGCCAAAGUCAAGAUGCCCUCUGUAGAGCUUUCACUUCCAGAAGCUAAAACACCUGAUACUGAGGUUCUUCUUCCCAAAGCAGAAGUUGAUGUCUCAGACGCUGAUAUCAGAGGUUAUGAGGGAAACCUUAAAAUUCCUAAAAUGCCGACUAUUGACCUUUCAAUCCCCAAAAUUGACCUUGAUGUGUCUCUGCCAAAAGUAAAGCAUGAAGCGAGAGCUGAUGGUGUGGAAGGAAAAUUAAAGAUGCCAGAUAUUAAAAUGACGAACGUUGAUUUGUCGCUUCCUAAAUGGAAAACAGAUGAUAUUGAAGGCGCUCACAUUGGAGCCAGCGCAGAAGGGGGGAAAUUCAAAAUGCCUCAAAUCACUAUGCCUGACUUAGAUCUAUCCUUUCCAAAGGGUAAGUCCCCAAAGAUUGAAGGACCCGAAGUGGAAUUAAAAGGAGGUGAAGGACAAUUCAAAAUGCCUAACAUAACAAUGCCAUCAAUAGACAUGUCCCUUCCCAAAGGAAAACCUGGAGACCUAGAUGCCCCAGGCAUUGAAAUAAAUGGUGAUGGAGGUGGCAAAUUUAAGAUGCCUCAUGUCAAAAUGCCGGAUGUUGACAUUUCCUUGCCAAAGAUAAACACUGGAUUAAUUGGCUCUCCGGAUGUGGAUGUAGAAGGAGAAGGAGCUAAAUUCAGAAUGCCUGGCAUCAAAAUGCCAAACAUUGACUUAUCUCUGCCAAAAAUGAAAACCACCAAUGUUGAUGUACCUGAUCUUGAAGCAAAGACUGGGGGAGGAGGAGCCAAAUUUAAAAUGCCCCAUUUAAAUAUGCCCUCUGUGGAUAUUUCACUGCCCAAAGCAAAGAUUGACAGUCCUGAAGUUGAAAUAGAUGGAGGUAGUGGAGGGAAGUUCAAAAUGCCUCAAUUGAAAAUGCCAGAUAUUGAUAUCUCUGUUCCAAAAGGAAAGAUUGAAGGUCCAGAGGUGGAGCUCAAAGGGGAGGGUGGAAAAUUCAAGAUGCCACAUCUCAGCAUGCCUUCUGUUGAUAUUUCCCUACCCGAAGGAAAAGUUGAAGGUCCAAAAGUUGAAGUUGAGGGAGGUCAUGGAGGAAAGUUUAAAAUGCCUCACAUGAAAAUGCCAAAUGUUGAUGUGUCUUUGCCAAAAGGAAAGUUUGAAAGUCCAGAGGUGGAGCUCAAAGGGGAAGGUGGGAAAUUCAAGAUGCCACAUCUCAGCAUGCCUUCUGUUGAUAUUUCACUGCCCAAAGGAAAGAUGGAAGUUCCAAAUGUGGAAAUGGAGGGAGAAACAAGCGGAAAGUUCAAAAUGCCUCACAUGAAAAUGCCAAAUGUUGAUGUGUCUCUGCCCAAAGGAAAGUUUGAAGGUCCAGAAGUUGAAAUUGAUAAAGGUGCAGGAGGAAAAUUUAAAAUGCCACAUCUCAGUAUGCCUUCAGUUGAUAUUUCAUUACCUAAAGGAAAGACUGAAGGUCCAGAUGUUGAAUUCAAGGGACAUGGCGAAGGAGAAUUCAAAAUGCCUGGUAUGAAGAUGAAAGAUGUUAACAUUUCUCUUCCUAAGGGAAAGAUUGAAGGUCCAGAUGUUGAAAUAGAAGGAGGUACAGGGGGAAAAUUCAAAUUACCUCAAAUGAAAAUGCCAGAUGUUGACAUCUCUCUACCCAAAGGAAAAUCUAGCAAAAUUGAAGGAGCAGAGUUUGAGGUUGAGGGAGGCGGAGGCCAAAUGAAAUUGCCACUCAUGACAAUGCCCUCAGUAGACUUUUCACUGCCAAAAGGAAAGGUUGAAGGUCCCAAAGUUGAAGUCAAGGGUGAGUCAGGAAAGUUCAAGAUGCCAAAGAUUGAUAUAUCGCUUCCUAAAGGCAAACCUUCGAUCCAAGGCCCAGAGAUAGAGAUUAAGGGAGAUGAGGGGCAGUUCAAGACUCCAAAUGUGGCUAUAUCUCUACCUAAAGGAAAAACAAAUAUCAACACACAAGAGGUGGAAAUUGGGGCAGAAGGAGGAGCUGUCACGCUGCCAUAUAUCAAGAUGCCAAAGGUUGACAUUUCACUUCCUAAAGGUAAAAGUAAAGAUACUGAAGCACCUACAAUGGAGAUGGAUUUCAGAGGAGGAAAGCUCAAAGGCCCCGAUGUUAAACUUUCUAAGGGGACGAUACCAAUGGAAAAAUCAAGUGGUAUGGAGAUCAACUUACCAACCAUUGAGACAGGAGGGAAAACCAAAGUGCCAAAAGUCACAUCACCCGAUCUGGACAUGGAUGUAACACUUUCUAAACCGAAUCAAGGCACAGUUGUUGAGGGAGAGAACAAAGGCCUAAAACUUAAGAUACCAACAAUAGAUAUCAAAGUUCCAAAGGGAGACCUUGAGCUUGAUAUAGGACUGCAAAGAGGGGAGGGCAAGAAGGACAGGAAAAAAGUUGAACUACCUGACUUGGAUCUCCACACAACAGAACCCAGCAGCAAAGUGAAGGGUGCAAAAGUUAAAGGGACAAGAUUCAACAUUGGAAUGCCAAAAAAGAAAAAUGGCAAGGAUUUGGCAGCAGAGGUUAAACCUGAAACCCACAACGGACAUAAUGAAAACAAAUAUCGUGUUAACAUCCCAGUGCCAGGGGUUAUUUCAUCAAGUGUGCAAGGCUCAGCCAGCUCAGUAACAGGAGAAGAGGGUGGUCUCUCCUCCAGAGCAGAAAUCAAAGUCCCCAGGAUCCCAGAUAUAGAUUUUGAUAUAGGUACGUCACAGGAUGAAGAUGAAGAUAAAACAGAAACAGGCAAGAAAAUCAAAAUCCCCAAGUUUGGUGUUCCACUACCCUCGAUAUCCCCCAAGGGAAGACGGAAUAUCUAUGGGCAAGAAAUUCAGUAUGAGGGUCCUAAGAUGCCCAAAGUAAAGAAGGCUGUUUUUGUCUUGGUAAAUCCUCCAACAGAUGAACCUGCUGCAUGCUCAGGCUGCCUAGGAGAGGAGUCAACGACAGAGGACCUCGAAGUGAAGAUGCCCAAGAUCAAAAUGAAGCCAAGUUUUGGGAAGUCCAAAGAUAAAUUAGCUUCAAUGGGCACAGAGAAAGAGUGGGUGAAAGGGGAGAAGUUAACGGGGGGGGGAAUGACAGUUCCCCAAGUUAAUCUACCAAAGAUAGAGCUCAGCUCUCCAUAUGGCAAAAUGGCUGCAGGGGAGGAGGACACUGAAAUGAGUGUGAAACUAGGAAAGGAUUUGUCAUCCGUAGAAGUGGGGGAAUCCAGCGGACUUGCAUUUAAAACCGGCAAGAUGGGCUCGGCUGGUUUUAGCGAGGAGCUCUCAAAGGAAGUGGUAUCAUCUCUUGCCAGAACAGAUAUGCUGGACAGGGACAGCUCAGAGUCGCCCUCAAGUUUGACCAUGGAGUUCAGCUCUACGAAGGUCCAGUCUUGGAGCGAGGUUGAAAGCAAAAGCUGGGAGUCUGAAGAAAAAGAGUCUUCCCCCUGGUUCAAGGUUCCUAAGUUCACCCUGAAGCCGCACUCCACAGGCUUCCUCCAGCUGACUCCAGAGGGUUCUCCUCAGGCCCAGAGGAAGGGAGAGGUGGCAGGCGAGGUUGAUGUCUCGGGGUCUUUCUGCCUCCACACCUCAGAGCACAGCUUCACCACCCAGGAAAUGCCCGAAGAACACCAAGUCUCCUCCACAGAGGAGGGAACUCUCACCAUGGUGACCAAAACCACCAGAAUCACCCGGCAAGUCGUCACCACCGAAACACGAUCAGGCGAAUCUUCGACAACCACAACGUCACCACACAAGGCGUUGGACUUUGACGACUGAGGAUGCUGUAAUGAUAUCUUAAAUGUCUUUGAAUUGUGUUGUUUUUCUUUGGUGAGGGUGCAGUGUAAGCUGAGCCUGCAAAGUGGAAAACAUUGUCGACAUAAAAGUCUUUAUUUUAUAUUUUAACAGUUGAGGAAAAUUGAGAUGAGAAAAAUUACAUUUCAUCUUUGAGCAUUUUUGUCAUUACAGCAGCAACAGAGUAAUAUAUAUAAAUCUUUUUUUUUGUUACUGUUCUUUGAGUUUCGUUAGUUUAGUCCUAAUUAUUUAUCAGUUUUGUUUGGUUUUUCAGGUUUCUCUCUAAAUGUAAACAUGUGGUGUUGCUUCAUUAUUUAUUGUUGUUUGUGGGUUCAACUUAUACUGUAAUGAGUCAUUGACAAGCAUCAGCAUCAUGGCUUCCACCAUGACUUUAUAGAGCAGUACAGGCCAGAGUAAUAUUCAUGUAUAUACAACUUUAUAAAUGAUUUUUUUGAGCAGUAUCCCCUCAAUUUGAAAUGUAAUUAUUUUCAUAUCUACCAGUACAAAUAAUCUUUUUGUUUUUUGGCUGGAUAACUUAUCGUGUUUCUCUUGAAAGAGAAGAGUGAGCUUUUUGAGAUUUUAGGCUUUUCUCAUUUUCUUGCCAUAGUUUUAUAUUUUGAGCAUUUAUCUGGUGCUGUGAGGUAGUCACAGUUGGUGAGCGAGACACUCUGGACUCUAAUCUGCUGUGGGGAUCAAACCUGUGACCCUCUCGUCAAAGGCUGUUCUCUAAAAUGUAGGCCACCCUGCUGCUAAUGUAUUUUAUAUUUAUGUUUAUACUGUACACUGCGAGGAGAAUAUCGGUGCUGUUUGGCACUUAAACAAAAUCAGUGAAAAGGACCUUGAUAGCGUAAACUGUUAAACAUUUGAUCUCACUACCUAAAUAAUUUUCUCUCUGGGCAGAUGUUAUCAUUACACUACUACAAUGUCAGACCUAGUGAUUGGAGAGCCUUGGUCUGGUCCCAAAGCCAUCCCCUAUAAAAUAGAUCCUCGGUAGCAAAGAAAGAGGUCAAUAGGGGACUCAGGCACAACUAUAAUGUUUUUUACAUGAGAACAUUAAACACAACCCUAAGACAAGAGUAUUGUUAUGUCGAGGUAACACACAAUGAGUAGUAUCUAUGUGUAAUAGAGAUGUAUUACUUCUCUGGUUUUAACAAUUCUUCAAAGUUCUCUUAGAUGAUAAGGGUUUCAGUGCCAAGUGUUUCUGUCAGAGCUGAUUUUGAGAGGAUGUUUGUUAAAAUAAAAUUAUAUUCACAUGAAAAAGA